UGAUUUUUGCGAUUCAGCCAGUUGACCUUCUAAUCUAUGAACUCCGAAGCAGGUUUGUAUCAUACAUGCCAAAGCUAGGGGGAUGGCAGAGAAGAUAGGGAAAGUUGAAAACACAGAGUUAGGCGGUCGGCGGCGGUACUGAGAGCAAAUCCUUCUCCAGAUAAGAUAUGGAAAAAAGCAUAUUCACAAACCGUAACCAUUCAACUCUACCGCUCUACGAGUUCCUAUAUUUUAUCUAAGUGAGGGACUGUGGGAUCUGCUCCAUCGAAGGAUUUAGCGGCUCGGGUCAGCGAGAGGCAAGUCUUUCUGCGAGUCUUCCUUGAGAAAUUUCACUGCUUUCUUUCAUCAUUUUUGGAGGAUAAAGCACUUGUCUUUACUGUGGCUCUGGAGUCCCUGUCUCCAGCUCCUUCCUUCUGGAGGGACUGUUUUAAGUUCAAACAGAAUUGUGUCCGACAUUCAUUCAUUCAUUCCUUCUGUUUUGUUUAUUUCUUCUUCCUUGUAGUAAAGGAAACUGAUGCCUUCUCUUGUUUGCCUAAGAUUCUGUGUCUCUUACCCGUUGAUUUAAUUUGUGGGUGGAAAUCGGAGCGAUCCUUGUUGAAAGUUUCUAGCUUUUCAUAUCAUCUUGCGUGGUGUGGUUCUCAGUUUCUUGUCCAAGGAUGCCUCCAUUAAACCGUGCCCUGAUGUACAGAUUUGAUCCACCCAACAACGUUUGUAGCUCGGAGAAGGUUAAAGAGGAAGCUAUUUCCAUGGAUCAUAUUAGCACAUUGCCCCAUGCGCUUCUUGUGGAGAUUCUGUCCCGCCUGACCUUAAAAGAAGCAGCUAGGACAUCAAUCCUCUCCGGGACUUGGGUUGAUUUGUGGAAAUUUGUUCCAAACUUGGACUUCGAUGUUCCAAAGGUGAGGCAGUGCAUCUGGGAAAAUUAUUGGAAUUCGGGGGAUAUGGAGCCCGUGCUUUUCGGAAGGAGGAGGUACAUUGAAUGGGUUAAUAGGGUCUUGACACACUACCAGGGUCGGAAAGUGAACAACUUUCACGUCUGUUUCAACAUUCAUAAUGAAUCCAAUGCAAAUGGUGACAUCGAUAGGUGGUUGGACUUUGCAAUCUCAAAAAGAGUUCAGAAGCUCAAGCUGGACUUUGAACGGUAUGGUGAUGCAAGUUGGGAUGCUUCAGGGUGCUAUAUUUUCUCGGAACGCUGUUUCAAACAUAUGAAAACCUCUGAGGGUUUAUCGGAUAUUCGGUUCCUUCAGUCCUUGUGUUUGGCUUUCGUUGAUGUGAGCGAUGAGAUCCUUGAGCAUUUCCUUUGCAAUUGUCCUCUACUGGAGAAGUUAGCCGUCCAACAUUCCCAUGGUUUAGUAAGGUUUAAAGUUGCUGCUGGCUUGUCGUCACCACUGCCGUUGAAGCACUUGGAAGUAGCCCAUUGUAAGAAUCUAAAGGAGAUUGAAAUCGAUGCGCCUAAUCUCACCUACUUCAAGUUGGAUGGUCGGUUUCCAGAUGGCAUUAAUCUUCGAAUGGAAAAUAUAUCGUCGCUUACCGGAUUGGACUUGUACAACAUGAUUGAUCCAGGUCCUGUUUUCCUUCCUCGAGCAAAGUUUGCACGGCUGGAGACCCUCACUUUUAUGUUUGACGCGCGUAAAGCCAAGUUUCCCAGGUCGAUUGAGGAGUUGACGUCUCUUAAGCAGCUGACUGUUUAUGUGCUCGGUUCCGAUAGGAACGAGAUUCGUGGUCUGCUCCCCGUGAUAAAUGCUUGUCCUUCAUUGUACCAACUGUCGGUUCGGAUGGACACCGACGAAGAAAAGGAUAGCUCCUACCGCAUUUGGGGUGGGAGUGAGAUGGAGGAGAUGCACAGGGAGAGCAUCAAAGUGGUGGAGGUUAGUGGGUUUGCUGGUAACGCAGCUACCCAUACAGGGCGUUGGUUCCUGGACUAUGCGCUGCGGAACUUUGUGACGCUUGAGAAAUUGAUUCUCGAUAGUCGCACAUGCACUAGUACCGGGCGCAUAUUUAAAGCCCCGAGAGUGCAAGCUGAAGUUGCAGUCGAGUGCAUUCAGAUGUUGAAAUCUAGACUGCCCUCAACCGUUGAGCUUGUUAUCCCCGUUAGUUAAUUUACUGCUAUUCCAUGG